CUGCAUGGAGCCACGGUAUGUGCGGAGUGGGGCAAGCACCCAAUUCUGCUCCCCAGCCAGAGCUCAAGGUCCGGAUUAAAAGAUCUGAGGGGCCAGAUGCGGCCCGUGGGUCGUAGUUUGCCCACCUCUGCUUUAGCUAGUCUUCUUAGUGCUGCAGUCACAUUUACCACCCAGACAAACUGUACUAUUGUGCUGAAAGGUUAUUAAAACCAAAAAUUACCACACGCUGAGUUUUUACAGCCCCCAAAGCCAGUCACUUACCACCAGGUCAAGGUACACUUCAGAUCUCCCCAAAUACAACGCUGCAGUCAAUCCUUUAGUAAACGAACUAAAGAUUUAUUAACUAAGAAAAUAAAUGAGUUAUGCAGUGGUUUAAAGCAGCAUGGUAUACCUUACAGUCAGGAGGCUCUGAGCUGGAUGCAGUAGAGAGAGGCUGUGGUCAGUGUGAGACUGAUCAGUGUGAUGGAAGUGUGGGGUUUGGAGGAAGUCCAGAUGAACAUGGAGAAACAACAUUGGAUGCCAUGAUUAUGGAUGGCAACACCAUGGAAGUUGGGGCAGUAGCAGAUCUCAGACGUAUAAAAAAUGCUAUUGGUGUAGCACGGAAAGUGAUUAAGCAUACUAAGCACACAUUAUUAGUGGGGGAGUCAGCCUCACUGUUUGCAGAAAGCAUGGGAUUUCCCUGUGAAGAUUUAACCACUCAGAAUUCUCUUUCAAUAUAUUUAAAGUGGCUUAAUCAAAACUGUCAGCCAAACUACUGGAAGAAUGUAAUACCAGAUGCUUCAAAAUCCUGUGGACCAUACAAACAGGCUAAACAAUUAAAUAGUGAAGAAUGGAUCAACUCACAGAAAAGAAUAAAUAUUCAUAAUCAUGAUACAAUUGGCAUGAUUGUAAUUGGUGGUUCCGGAAAUGUUGCAGUGGGGACAUCUACAAAUGGUGCAGUCCACAAAAUCCAGGGUCGUGUAGGGGACUCGCCAAUAGCUGGAGCUGGAGCCUAUGCUGAUAGUACAACUGGAGGAGCGGCAGCCACCGGAAAUGGUGAUAUCAUGAUGCGCUUUUUGCCCAGCUAUCAAGCAGUGGAAUAUAUGAGGACAGGAACAGAUCCAACUACAGCUUGCCAGAAAGUUAUUUCCAGGAUCCAGAAGUAUGUUCCAUACUUCUUUGGUGCUGUUAUCUGUGCCAACACAACUGGAAGUUAUGGUGCUGCCUGCAAUAAAGUUCCAGGAUUCACUCAGUUUCACUUCAUGGUUUAUAGUCCUUUGCUAAAUGAGCCAUCUGAGCAAGUUGUAGACUGCAUUUAAUUUUUUCUGUACCAUCUGCAUUUACAGUUAAAUAUGAAGGAGGAAAAGAAGGCUGAAAAGGCUCACUGACUGCCAUUUUACAAAGUGUUUGCAGUUUCCUUUUGCACAGAUAUUUGAGGAAGAGUAAUGUAUGUGGAGAUAGCACAUAUCUCUCUCCUUUUUUUAAUGUAUUUUGUUUUAUUACCAUGUCACCAAUAUGUUAGUAAACUUGAUUUGUAGUUUCUCAAGAUAGCAAACUAAUUUAUUAAUCUGGCAGGUUAUUUCUAAAUUCUGGUGGGCAAGUUGGCUUCGUCUACAGGAUGAACCUAUUUUUUUUUUUUUUUUUUUUUUUUAGAUACUGUGUAGAGAUCCAAAAUAUCUACUAAUGAUAAAGUGGGAUUUCAAAAUACUCUGCUGGUAUAUGUUGAUGACUAUAGUUUAAAAUGGGAAAUGCCUUUUGGAACCAGUCUCAAAAACAGAUGAAAGUUUGUAUGACUGUUGUACCAAGAAGAACUGGAGAACAAUUUCUCCAUGACUGCAUGGAGAAGCAAAAGCUUCUGCUUUUGUGGUGAUGCUUCAUUGUUCCAUGAUGUUCAGUCACAGUAAUGCAGUAUUACAUUACAAAUGUUAUCCUGCAGUGUCAGGAAAUUACUCUAUUUUGUGGCUUUUUGUGACUCAGGUACAUUAUAUCUUCACUCCCUCCUUUCUUCUUUUAUUUGUGGGAACAAAUGGAGAUGUUUCUUACUCCCCUUCCAAUCCCAAAGUGUUGGGUAGGAUCCCAGCAACCGACUCAUUUUCCGAAGAUGGUUUCCAUACUGUGCUUCCCUUUUCACUUCGCAUGUUGUGUUCUGUCAGUGUGGGCAGUGCUUCUGUGAUCAGCACUCCAUUGCUGCCUAAGCUCAGGUAAAGCAUCCAUCAGAUGUACAGAUUCCGAGCCCACAGGAGAACUGUGGUUAGAAUAAGGCUGAUUUUUCUGUAUUAAAUCUUUCACUGGCCAUAAUUUAUUUUUGUAAAUCUCUUCAUUUUAACAGACCUUUUUGGCAACUGAACCCCAGAUUAAUAAAUUAGAGGUGAUAAGUAACAGCAUGGAUUUGUCAAGAAUAAAUCAUAUCAAACAAA